ACGUCACAGCCUCUCAGCUCGGGCCGUUAGUUUUUUGAAGCAUUUGAACGCUUUGGGCGGGAGAGGAAAGGCAGCGCUUGCUUUGACGGGGUGGGGAGAAAACGCGCAGGGAAGCCAAAUAACAGCGGGUUACAAAACAGCGCACGGUACGGGACCCGGAAUCGGUAAGUGUCGGGUUCCACCAUGAACGAUGCAGAGUGCCUGUCCCACCUCUUGCAGGUGUGCGCCCGCAAGACGGAGGAGUUUGUUAGAACUCUGGACAGCAAGCACAUGGUUUGGCUUCUGGAGAUUGAAGAGGAGGCAAGAAAGAUGUUCAGCAGUGAUUUUAAUGCUGAACCUGAGCUGAUGCCAAAGACUCCAUCUCAAAAGAGGCGCCGGAAGAAAAGAACCUCCAUUCUUCCAGAUGAGAAUCGUGAUCCCAGUGGGCGCAGGAUAUCCCGUAGACAAAGCAAUGCUAGUUGGAGCAGUUCUGUACGCAGGCUUUCGGUCAGAAAUCAGAACAAAGCAAAUGAUGAUUCUAUCCAGGAAGAACCGGCACAGCUGAAAAGGAUGACCAGGGCAAGGGCCCAAGCUAGUAUUAAAAGUACGCCUGUAUUAGAAAAGGCUUUGCCUGAGUCACCCUCACAGAUCUGUCAAAAAAAUGCCCAGGUUAAGAUCAGUGAGCAAGAACGCAGAAGUGCAGAGCAGAAGCUCAUAGAGUCAGACUUUGAGCUGAAGACUGUCCCAGAAAUUACAAAGGACAAUGUCUCUGAAACAGUAAAUUCUGCAGUACCAGCAGUCCCAGUUACUCCUGAGAACAAAAGCCGAGCUGCCGGUAAACUUAAGAUUGCUGCAAGCUCCACUCCAGAGCAGAAAGCGGAAAUGGUGGACCUGACCUGUGAGUCCCCACGUCCUGCUAAUGAGCAACAGCUGAAUCUCUCCAAUCAAAGUGCAACACCCACAGGAUCAAAAUCCGACCGCCGUUCAGUGCGUCGUAGCCUGGUGGUCAGAAAGUCAAGCAGCCGCCGGGCCUCACUAGCCAGUCAGUUCUCUUUAGCCAGCAAGAGGGAAAGCAUGACUCGUGAAGCUGUGCGGAAGUCCAUUCGGCAGUCCAUUUCACAGAAAAAAGCAGCGAUGGAGAUCUCCUCUACAUCAAGCCAGAGGAGCUAUCAGAGCUCUAUUGAAAUGGUUGAUGAUGAGAUCACUAUCAAAAUCCGACCUGAAACUGUCCCAAGUGAAACUGUAUCAGAAGAGGCUCCAGCAGCAGAGAGCCCUAGGCGCUCCCUUCGAUCACGUGCCUUUAAAAAGAUUGCUAUAAGUAACUUGCCUGACUCGGAGGAGCCUCCAAGAAAAGUGACAAGGCAGAUGGUGGCAGGGAAUGCAGAACCCACACCAGAGACCACUGAAGAUGCUCAGAAUAUUAGAAGAAAGAGUUACAAGCGAGCAGUGGAUGAACUGUCAGAUGAUGAGAGGCCAUCUGAAGAGGAGCGUUCACCUCCCAGAAAAAAGACUCCAUCGCCUCCUUGCCCCCCAAGCAAGAUUGUAAGGCCUCCUCCACACAUGAAAUCAUUUCUGCAUACAGUACAAAAGAACCAGUUGCUCAUGAUGACACCGGGAUCUAUUGGAAAGAACAUAAUAAUGAAAUCCUUUAUCAAACGCAAUACACCCCUUAAAACUGACCCCAAGACUGAAGAAAAGGAACGGCAGCGCCUUGAUGCUUUGCGCAAAAAGGAAGAGGCAGAGCUUCAGCGCAAGCAGAAAAUUGAGGAGGGCAAGAAGCGCAAACAGGAGGAGCUGAAAGUGCGCAGAGAGGAGCGGUUACGCAAAGUGCUGCAAGCACGAGAGAGAGUGGAGCAACUAGAGGAAGAAAAGAAGAAGAAAAUUGAGCAGAAGUUUGCACAGAUUGAUGAGAAGAGCGAGAAGGUGCGAGAGGACCGCAUGGCAGAGGAGAAGGCAAAGAAAAAAAUGACGGCUAAAAAACAAGAGGAAGUUGAGUGCAGGAGGAAACAGGAGGAAGAAGCCCGGAGACUAAAAGUCAAACAAAUGGAGGAAGAGGAGCGUAGGCAUCAAGAACUUCUGCAAAAGAAACGAGAAGAGGAAGAGCUGGAAAGGCAAAAGAAAAUUGCAGAGGCAAAGAGGCUAGCUGAGCAAGAGCGAGAAAGGCAGCUGUUGGCUGAAAAGGAGCGGCUCAGAGCAGAAAGAGAAAAGGAACGAAUAGAAAAAGAAAAGGCCCUGCAGCUACAGAGAGAGCUGGAACGAGCAGCACAGGAGAAAGAACAGCAGCGACGAGAGGCAGAAGAGCGCAAGAAAAGGGAGCAGCAGGAACGCCUAGAACAAGAGAGGCUGCGUAAGGAGCAGGAAACAAAGAGACUCCAGGAGGAGGAGCAGAGAAAAGCCAAGGAACAAGCAGCAGUAGCAGCAAGCGCUCCAGUGAUGAAUGUUACUGUAGACAUGCAGAACUCGCCUGCAUGUGAAUCUUAUGAGAUGACUCCCAAGAGCUGCAAAGUUCCGUCGGUUAAAGUGAACGAAGACAACUAUGGAAUGGAUUUAAACAGCGACGACUCCACUGAUGACGAGAGUCAGCCGAGAAAACCCAUUCCAGCCUGGGCUUCCGGUAACCUACUUACUCAGGCUAUUCGUCAGCAGUACUACAAACCCAUAGAUGUGGACCGUAUGUAUGGCACCAUUGACAGCCCCAAAUUGGAGGAACUGUUUAAUAAGAGCAAACCUCGCUACUUUAAGCGCACCAGCUCUGCUGUAUGGCACUCCCCUCCACUCAGCAGCAACAGACACCAUCUUGCUGUGGGUUAUGGCCUCAAAUACUGAGGAAAGGGCAGACUUUACUCUCACUAUCAGGACUACUCCACACUGAUGCUUCCCCCAUCUGUCUGAAUGUCUGUCCCAUGUAAAUUUUUCUAUGUUGUUGUUGUUUUAACUGGCUCUUUAUUUGUAUUGUAGAGACUUGUCAUUUUAAAAAUAAAGGUUAUAUAAGGGAGAGCACCUUUUACCAUAA